UAUAAAACUAGAUGGGCCAAUUUAUGCGUUGGGCUUUUGAUUUUUGCUUUCUCUGUUGUAUGUAGGUUUUGAAUUGCAGAGUGCAGCAAGCGAGCGCUGCGAGCGUCUUAUUUUGGUGAGAGUGAGGCUACAAAUUGGUGGUGGGUCAAUGGGGACUAGAGAGGUAUACGAGCAGAAAUUAAGAACCGGAAAUCUCUAUCACGAUCCUACUAUCAAACCUGGACUCGGUUCUCCUCGCUGCCCUCGCUGUCUUUCUCUCUUAAACCCUGUUUCUGCAAAGGGAGAAUGGACCAUUACCUCUAUUUUACAUGACGCAACCGCUGUGGCUGGCUCGGGUAUUGGUGGAAUGCUUAGUGCAGUUCAUGGUUUCAAUACCGGGAUUCCAUUCCUUCAGAAUCGAUUGAAGGGACCAAAGUGGCUUCCUUUCCUAGUCGGGCUUCCUCCACUGCUUGUUGUUUCGGCUGCCAGUGCUGCAUUUGGAGGUUAUGUGCUUCCAAAGUUUGCUCAACUUACUGUGACAUCGUAUUAUGCUUCCUCAAGUGCCUCUCAUUAUGGGAUUUCACUCCUCACCCGACAUAUUGAAGAGUCCUAUACUUCCCGAUCUCAGCAAGAAAAGCUCAGAUGAUGUCUUGCAGAUGAUAUCAACAUGGGCGACUGUCAUAGAAUGAUGACCGUUUGGGCAUCCUUAUAAUCUCUCCGUGACCUACACUGUUCAUUUUUACAGUUUUUUUUUUUUUUAAUGUUUUGCUUAUCAAACUUUAUUAUUUUAUAAUUCCAUCAUUCUAAGUUAUAUUAGCAUGGUUUCAUGUGGUGUGAUUUUUUUUCCCGCUUGGCAUGCUCUCUUAUACUUGAAGUAUCAAAGAACAUUCUGGAGUUAAAUUAAAGAUUGUUCAUUGAUGUGA